UUCGCCGCGGGCGGCUGCUAUGUGCGCGCUUGGCGUGCGUGCGUGCGUGUGUGAGUUGCGUGUGCGUGCGUGCGCUUUGCGCGUGUAACGUCGUCGUCGCCGGGGCUGUGCGAGUAGCGGCGGCGCGGAACCGGCGACGGGCCCUUCCACAGACGGCGCAAAACCCUCGCUGCGGAGACGACGCGCGUGUGCGUGUGUGUGUGUGCGCGCGCCGCGCUAGAACGCGAGGAGUGUCGGACGUCGUUCGUGAUGGUGUUGUGCGAUAAGUGCGAACUCUGCUGAGGAACGAAACUUUUUCUCGACGUCUCCCCCCCCCUCGCUCCCUCCUCGACUAACUACUUUCUGCUGCCUGGAUUUACGGCGGUGCAUCGGCGCUCCGGCCAGUGGAGCAGCCCUUCGUGCUCGUCGGAUGCUUGCAAACACGGGUGGAGCCUCUGGAGGCGGAGCUGCGUGGCGUCGCCGCGGCCGUGUUGCCCGAUGCGGCUGAGCCCCUUAGCGCCGUCAUGCCUGCUGCUGCUGCUGCUGCUGCUAGCCGCGUUCGCGCCUUCGGCGCACGCCAGAUGGGCGCCAGGUUCCUGGCGAGAGCAGCGGUCCGGUACGGCGGGCCUGUCGUCCCGGCUUCUGCAUCGGCGUCACACUGGCGGCGCGCCGUCUCCGAACGAUGUGCCGCUGCCCACAGCGGUGCCCGACACCACCGCCACUGCCGGGGAACCAGCGCCGCGCAACGCCAGCAGGCCGCUGGCCAACGUGGACGCGUCGUCCACUGCCAACAAGUCCUCGCACCAAGGAGGUGACCGGCCGGGUCGAGACGAGCCCCUGGCGACGGCGGUGGGCUCCUCGCACCGCUCGCCGCCCUCGCACGGCGCGGACGACGAGGCGGCCCCGGCGCACCAGGCGAGCGUCGGCGAGCCGGGCAGCAGCGAGGCCCUGUGCGCCGCCGAGCGCGAGCACGAGCACUCGGAGGGCCACCACGGCGUGACGGUGGCCAGCAUCAGGUGGAGCUUCGUCAGCGUGCCGUUCGUCUUCACGGUCUUCAUCAUACUCGCCGGCUUCACCAAGAUCGUUUUUCAUCACGCCAACUUCCUCUCUUCCAUUGUGCCGGAGUCAUGUAUGCUGAUCCUUCUGGGUACAGUGGUCGGUGGAAUCGCACACGUGACGCACUCGGACUAUGUGCCCAAGUUCUCGCCGGACUUGUUUUUCCUCUUCCUGCUUCCUCCAAUCAUCUUGGAGUCUGCGUAUUCUCUUCACGACAGUGCCUUCUUUAGCAAUAUCGGGACUAUCCUGUUGUUCGCAGUGCUGGGUACAAUAAUAAAUGCCUUCACAAUAGGUCCAAGUUUGUAUUUUUUGAACAACAUCGGAGCCAUCGGCCUCCCGGACUUGAACCUGCUCGAGUGCCUUGUGUUCAGCUCUCUCAUCUCGGCCGUUGAUCCCGUGGCCGUUCUAGCAAUAUUUCAAGAAGUCGGAGUCAACAAAGUAUUGUAUUUCUUAGUCUUUGGAGAGUCCCUACUUAAUGAUGCCGUGACUGUCGUCCUGUACAACAUGAUGGUCGGGUUUUACGGCAGUGAGAUCACAGCCCAUGAAAUCGGCGUGGGCUUCGCUGCGUUCCUGUCCGUGAGUCUGGGUGCCUCGGCGAUCGGCUGCGUCAUGGGCAUGAUCACCGCAUUCGCAACCAAGUACACGCACGACGUCAGGGUGGUCGAACCUCUGGCUGUCCUAGGCAUCGCCUAUCUAUCGUACCUCGCCGCUGAGCUGGUCCACUUCUCGGGGAUCAUCAGCAUCAUCUGCUGUGGCCUAGUCCAAGUGCAGUACGCCAUGGGGAACAUCUCGCGAAAGUCCUACACGACAGUCAAGUACUUCACCAAGAUGCUCAGCGCCGUGUCUGACACGGUCAUCUUCCUCUUCCUGGGCAUCGUGCUGGUGAACAAACGCCACGUCUGGAACACCGGCUUCGUCGUCUGGUCGGCCGCGCUCUGCCUCGUCUACAGGUUCCUCACCGUGUUUAGCCUUACAUACAUUGUAAAUGUGGUCGGCCGUGUGAAGAAGAUCAACCUCGAGGAACAAUUCAUAAUGGCGUACGGGGGACUGCGCGGCGCCGUGGCCUUCUCCCUGGUUAUCAUGCUGAGCUCGUGCAAGUUCCACAACUACGAGGUGUUCGUCACCACCACCCUGGUCAUCGUCCUCUUCACCGUCUUUAUACAGGGCGCAUCCGUCAAGCCAUUGGUAAACUUGCUCAAGAUCCGGCUGCAGCAAUCUGACGGCGAAAAGCUUAUCAGGGAGAUAAACAGCAAGCUGGUAGACAACAUCAUGCUUGGAAUCGAAGAAAUCACUGGUCAUCGAGGUGGCAAUUACUGGAAGCAAGUGAUGGAGCAGAUAGACGAGAAGUACCUCAAGCCACUGCUGCAGCACAAGUCGGCGCAGGACAGCCUCACGAGGGUGUAUACCAAGGUGGUCCUUGCGGACCACUACGCACACCUGUACGGCCCAGCGGCAGCUCUGGAGGAGAAUAUACCUCUGAAUAUACAGCAUUGCUCAGAUAUGGGAAGGUCUUUCGACGAAGGCAUGCUGGACGCCCUCACCGAGGAAUGCAUCGAAGAGGAAGCCGCGGCCGAAGAGGAGGAGGAGAACGCCGAAGACGAAGACCGCGGCUUGCUCUUCAACGCGGACCGCAAGCCCUCCAUCGCCCCAGGACAGAACCAGAUAGCCCCCAGGCGCGUGCGGUUCUCACGAUUCGUCCCCCGGCUGACAAAAAGUUGCAACGACGCGGAUCAGGUACGCGCCGCGUCGCAGAGCGCCGAGGGCGGGUCGGCGGAGAAACGAAGGCACACGGUCGGGGCAAUGUUCUCGAGGUCCUUCCACCAGGACUCGGUCGAAGCCGAGGACCCAACCAAGCUCCUGGUGAAGGCACUCAACGAAAACCCCUACCACAAGUACCACCAGCGCUACAACCCGAACUUGGUGGGCGACGAGCACCAGGAGCUGGAGGCCCACUUGCGCGCUCGCCGCCGGCGCGCGCACAGGCUCACGCUGGCCACCAUGGCGAGCGAGAUGAGCUCGGCCGAGAUGAGCGUCGAGGGCAGCCGCGGCAACCUGGCGCCGCCGUCUCCGGGCGCCACGGUGCUGAGUCCCGUGACGGUGGGGCCGGGCGGAGCCACGACUCCCGUCGGAGGAGCAGGGGACGCCGCUUCCGUGGCGGCCACAGUCGCCGCCGCCGCCGCGCUGUCGGCUGGCGUCGAGCAGCUGGCCGACGGGCGACCCCUGAGCGCGGCGCAGUUCCGCCGCGCCUCCACCACGCUCCAGAAGAGCGCCUACACCUGGCUCAGUCUGGCUCACCGGCGACACUCCCUCAUGCGCCGCAAUAAGGCGGGCUCCGUGGAUGGGCGCUCGCUCAGGGCAAGCCUGAAGCUGGAGCGCCAGAGCGCAGUGACGGAAGACGUGUCGGACGACAAUGCCGAACACGCCAAGAGCGAGUCGAGCUCAACGCAGGCACAUUCUCGCGAGGGCAGUCAGUCCUUGCAGCUGUCCUUGGCGCAGCAGCCGUCUGAUGUGCAUGAACCUGGAGCCGAACCAGCAUCUGCUAGCGAGGACAGCAAGUCGCCUGAAGGAAAGACAAAGGAGACGUCCUUCUAGACUAUGUUGCUUUGGUCCUGACGUGCUGGCGCAGACCUAGGCAAUCUUCUGGUCAUGGCAGAACUCGCCUACCAUUUCGCCCAGGCAGAGAAUGUUUCUCUGGCUCCAGUGGAACGUUUGCUUGAGCCUUCAUUUUGGUAUGAAGUUGGCUUGUGCUCUCGAAGAAUUUGAAUUGGCCAGGCCCAGUGAACUGGCCCGGCCAGUUUUGUCUGACGUAUAAGUGCAACAGCGAGUGAGCACUGGCUUCACCUGCAUUAGCUGGAGUCCCUCCAUAUGGCUAUGCUUUCGGUACUGUGGCGACACUGAAUUCUGCCAACUGCGUUAAAGCUGGAUUCUCAUAUUUUAAGUAGACGACCCUGGGAAGGCCAUCAACACUGCGUUAGCAAAGAACAGAUCAGGUGAAUGUCCUCAGGCAAGAGUAGUCUGCAUGAGGUCACAGGUAACUGAUUGCGUGGCUCAUCCACUGUUUUCCAAUGUGUCAUGCUUGUGUUGCUACUCUCUUUCUUUCUUCCUUUACGAGACAUUAUUUUUUACGUUUACCAGGAAUUGCUAGGUCUCAUCAGACUGUAUGCUCAUCAUUGACUGUUUUCAUUUCCCUCAUCUGCAGUGUCCUUGUGUCUUCUCCCCUGUAAAGAACUCUUUGUCACAAAGUGUGCAGAAGUGAGAUGCACCAGAGGUGAUCAGGUGCUGCACUGCAUCAUCCCCAUUACACAACGUUAAAGAUUGCACCCAAGCAUAAAACAACGAAUAAGCGCUGCAACGGGUUUAAGGAAGGAAGUAUUUUGAGGUUCCAGUUGCCAUGUAGCUGAUGAAAGGGAAGGAUGGUGUAUAAAUGUCAAAGCAAGAAAUGGAGGACAUAGCAGCUUUGCACCUGCCAUUAUCGAAGAUGCUCGAGCAAUUCUUUUUGGCUUCCAGCUAACUGCAUCUUUGAAGUGGGAACUUGGCUCUGCUCCAGAGCACAGAGCUGUCAUGUAGUUUUAUGACUGCUCCCCUCGAAUGUCGAGGGGUGCAGUCCCCACUUCAGUUUGUUACAAACUUUAGCAAACCCCCCCUCCUCGAGGUGAGAGAGUGCAAACAGAAGCCAGGCUUCUGGUCUGGAGGACUUAGGACCACUAUGCGUGCGACAAUAUGCCUUGUUAAACUUCAUCCUGAAUCCAGCGCGAAGUCUGGCGCAUUGUUUGAACCCGAACUGAAUUUGCGCACAGAGCGCGUCAUCAUCUGCUGUAGUUCAAUCAAACUUUUUUAUAGGAGCUAGCAGAGAUCUCUAUAGGCUAACUUGAAAUUUUUUGCGAACCUAGGAAAAAGCAUAAUUAUCACAACUAGAUUAUACACAUAGGCAUUGGGGAGCAAACUGUGAUCCAACACAGAGGAAAAAGAGGUUAUCUAUAUACAUAAUGGACGCUAUCAGCAAUACCUCAGGUGCCCAGCGUUUCUGUUAACGUGCGUUUCUAGGUUCCCAGGAAAGUCUGUGUUGGUGUUUGCCACCCUCCUACAUGCCUACAGUCAAUUGUGGUUAAAACCCCAAUGCACACACACGUACACACAUGCAUAGACUGCGCAACAUUCCAAGUCAGCAUUAACCCAGGUGAAAUCAGAUCAGUGGUGCAUGUCUGUGUGUGCAUGCCUCCAUGUGCUUGUCACUUUUCAAUUUUUAGUGUUGGUUUGUUAUGUAUAUAAAAUCAUUAAAGUUUUCUAUAUACACAAAAAAA